AUAUAACCACCACACUCUUCCACCAUCAACCACCACUUCACAACCAUGUUUGCUCUCUCUCUCAUCCACUUUCUCUCUCUAGUUUUUCUACUUUUUUACUUGUUCUAUUUGCUUCAACUCUUGCUAACCUCUACCUCCACCAAAACCACCAAAAAUGGCCAUCAAUCAUAUCCUUUCAUCGGUUGUUUUAUGUCGUUCCACCAGAACCGCCACCGGCUCAUCCAUUGGUUCACCGAGCUCUUAUCGAACUCGCCAUCGCAAACCAUCGUCUUGGCUCGGUUUGGUGGCCGGAAGAACCAAAUGAUCGUGACCGCCAACCCCGAAAAUAUUGAGCACAUUCUCAAAACAAGGUUCGAAAACUACCCGAAAGGGAAGCCCUUUACCGAUCUCCUAGGUGACUUCCUUGGUAUCGGGAUAUUUAACGUUGACGGGGACUUAUGGAGCACACAACGUAAGUUAGCGAGCCACGAGUUUAGCGCGAAGUCGUUGCGCGAGUUUGUGGUUAGUGUUCUUGAAGAUGAAGUGACAAAAAGGCUUAUUCCGUUGCUCGAAAACGCGGUUCGAGACAAUGAGGUGGUGGACAUGCAAGAUGUCCUUAGGAGGUUGGCUUUUGAUACAAUUUGUAAAAUAUCACUCGGGUGGGAUCCGUGCUGUUUGGAUUACACCCGAGCUGUCCCGCCGCUGGUAACAGCAUUUGAUACAGCGGCGGGAGCUAGUGCCAUGCGUGGCACUGCGUCAGCAAGUUGGGUGUGGAAGGUGAAGAGGUUGUUAAACGUAGGACGGGAACGGCAACUAAAAGAAGCCGUCGGGGUUGUUCACCGUGCAGUGGAUGAGAUCAUCCGUGCACGGCGAGAACAUAUGGACGGAAGCGAUAACAAAAAAGAUUUGUUAUCGCGAUUUAUAUCCUCGGGUCAUAGUGAUGACCUCAUGAGGGACAUGGUAAUAAGUUUUUUAAUGGCUGGAAGAGACACGACAUCCGCAGCGAUGACGUGGCUCUUCUGGCUAUUGACACGUCACCCGAGUAUUGAAAAAGACGUUUUAAAAGAUGUCACAUUUCAUGACAAGUUAACCUUUGAAGACCUAAAGAAAAUGGAUUUUUUGAAGGCGUGUUUAUGCGAAUCGAUGCGGUUGUACCCGCCGGUGGUGUGGGACUCGAAGCACGCGGCAGAAGCGGACGUGUUGCCUGACGGGACCGCGGUGUACAAGGGGAAUAGGGUGAUGUACUUCCCAUAUGGUAUGGGAAGGAUGGAAACAUUGUGGGGAAAAGACUGUUUGGAGUUUAGACCGGACCGGUGGUUUAGUGAACCGGGUGAGUUCAAAAUGGAAAGCCCGUACAAGUUUCCGGUUUUUCAAGGCGGUCCGAGGGUUUGUUUGGGGAAAGAAAUGGCGUUUACCCAGAUGAAGUAUGUGAUGGCUUCGGUUCUAAGCCGGUUCGAGCUUGUACCGGUUAGCUUGGAAGAACCGGUUUUUGUGCCAUUGCUCACGGCUCACAUGGAUGGUGGGUUCAAAGUUAGAGUUCGUAGCAGAAGGGGCUUUUGUGAACCAUAAACAUUUUCUUUAAAGUAUAAUUUAGAGUAAAUUGUUAAAAUUGUCCCUCAGGUUUGGGCGUGUUUACAAGUUUCAUCCAAAACAACUUUUUUGUACCAUAUUGCCCUUCACUUUUGAGAUUUUUUGCUAUUUUCAUUCAAACGUCUAACUCUUUUGCCAAAAUCGUCACUGAGAUUUGGGAAUUUUUGUCAUUUUCAUCCAAAUGUUUGAAAGAAAAAAUAAAACAAAUUAGAAUUUUGGAUGAAAAUGACAAAAAAUCUCAAAAGUAAAGGUGAAUAUGGUACAAAAAAAUUGUUUUGGAUGAAACCGGCAAACAUGUCCAAACCUCAGGGACGAUUUUGGCAAUUUACUCUAUAAUUUAUAUCUUUUAAUUUUAUCUCAUAUGUAUUGGGUAUUAAUGUAUAAUUUAUGAAUUCAAA